AUGAAGAGAAGUAGAGAAGCCACUCUAAAAUGGUUAGUGAUCAUUAAAAGCAUUCUGCCUUUCUACUGGUGUUUCCUUGGAUGCUAUAUAGACGACCAAAUGAACAAAGAAGUUGAUCGAACUAUUACUAUGAUUGUCAAGUGUCUCAUAGACUUCAAAUGCGUGCAGUCAAAAAAGGCAAUUUUGGAAACGUUCAAGGAGCUAGUCAGUAACGACCGUCUUCAGUUCACCGCCUGCAGCUUAUUUAAAUUGAGCUAUUCCAUGUUACUUGGAACCAUGCUUAACGUUAUAACGUACAGCAUAAUUUUGAUACAGAUGAUUUAGAAUAAUAUAAUAGGAAAAUGUAGUAACUGAAAUAAAAAGGCUUUGUAUAAGUUAAAUAAAAAUCUAAUCCAUUUCCCAGAAGCGGAAUAAAUAUAGAGAGCGCCCUAGGUCAGCAUGAGCUCCUCAUAGGCACUCCUAGUUUUUUUGUCAUCGCUGUCACUCUAAUGGGCAUGCGUGUCUCACCGGACUUCAGUGUUCCGGUGUUUUCAUGGUUGUAUCUAUAUCUGGCUUCUGGC